GCAUCAUUACAUGCUAGGAAAGUACAGGAAUUUUACACCGUUUGUCUCAUUCUGUAUUAGCGACUGCUGGGUUUCUCUCAAAUGCAUGUGACUUACGGCAGGAACCAACCAACCAACCAGAGAAGUUGUUUUAUUUCACUAAACUCCCUGUUAUUAGCAUGGCAGGCUGAACAGAGUUAGGGUAAUGUGAGCUUCUCCUGGCUUUGCUAAAUUUCUCACGGUCACUUCUAGCCAGUCGUCGUGUUUAUUAGUACACUGCUUUCGAUCCUGAAUAGAUUAUUUUUGCUUUCAAUCAUGUUUUUGUUUUCAAUCAGAUGUAAUAUUAUAGUUCACAGAAGCCCUAUGAUUUUCCAGUCUAAUCUGGAAACACACUGUUUCCAUAAAUGAAAAAAAAAAAACAGUUCGAGUUCGGCUAGCAUGGCAUUUAAUAUGACCCGUGAAAAUCAUGACAUAUAUACAUGUGACAUUAUUAUUGCCAGAUUUGUCUCUGUAGAGUGAAUGAUUUCAUAACACAAAGUGGCGUCUUGCCGUCAUUAGUUUUAAUGACGUGACAUGCAUUGACACGCAUAUUUAACACUUGACUUUUUUUCUCCCUUGCUAUUUUUCUCCAUUUGGAAGUUGACUUGUGCAUGCAUGCCAUUUCAGCUAUUUAAUUAAAAUGAAAUGUCAUAAAUUUGAAGCACUGUUGUGAAGUGUCUCCGAAGGUCCAUUGGUGUAAAAGUCAUUUUAUGUGAUUUGGCAUUGUCAUUUUGAGUAUAAUGCAGUUUUAUCUGUUGGCUUUUGUACAUGUGUUUCUCGCUAUAGUUUAACUAAUAAUGCAAAAGCAAUGAGUGUAGAAAUCCAGUGAUCUUAUUAGGUUCUGAAAAUGGUCACAUACUUUGCGGUCUGAAUUUUCAGCCGAGGCUGAUUCUAAAUAAAGCAAUAUGAAAAAAAUCAUAGUCAUAGUUGACUGCUUUUCUCCGGUGCGGACGUGCAUAUUAAACGCCCCAUAAUGAGCGGCGAUUACGAGAUCCUCACUUUGUUAACGCUGCAGAAAUAGAGGCUUCACUGAUGUGCCAUGCGAUUUCAGCAGAUUAGUGUAAUGUUAAACAUAUGCCAUUUCUUUUCCAGAUCGGCUUUCGAAAUAAAAAUCGGUGCUUUUUACACUUGCAAUUACUUCUCGUGGUCCUGACUGGGCAAUGUGCUUUAGCAGAUGCUUUUGUUAAGUCUUGCGAGUUGUGCAGGGAUUCUGAGAGGGAAUAUCAAGAUUAACCCUCCAUCGUUCCAUCUCUCGCUCAUGCAGUACCACAAAGGCUCUAAGGUCAAAGGUGACCUGACAUCUUUAACUACUAAGAUGAAGGCUUAGAGACCCCUGCUAUCUCCUGUUGAAUGGCACUGAGCUUUUUUCAAUUGUCAAGCAGAAAAUCUUUGAUAUUUUUCCUGUCAAUCACUGCUUGUUUUUGUUCCGAUGUUAACGCUUUUUCACAAGCUGCAAGAAGUAAUUCAGAUAUAAGGUGGUGUGAAAUUUCCAUUUUCCUUAGAGACUUCAUUGCUAUCAGUUUAAUUUUAGAAGGCAUGAAAGUUUUUUUUUUUUAUUUAAAAAGUAAAGUUACCUUAUGCAAAAAAAAAUACUAAAAUUAUUUAUUGUAGAAAAUAAGAAACAGAAAGUGUUAUGAUAUGAUGUAUUGAACGGGAUAGAUCAGACGCUGCGCUUUUGACAAGCCUUUGUUUUUACAUGCAUGUGAAAUUCUUGAAAUAAUAAUAUUAAUAAAAAAAUUGGACACCUGCUUAGCCAACUUUGUUUGGGUCACUAUCUAGCCUUGUAUCUUUUAGGUCUGAGAUGUGUUGCUGUCAGUAUUGUGAGUCAUUUUCAUAUGGUUUAUACCACGAUUUGAAUAUUGGUUCAAGAUAUGAGAAUUUUUUGUUGUAUGCAUGAGACUGCAUGGGAUGUGUGUCUUCCUUAUCCUUUGAGAUGUAUUUCAUGGCCAGAUGUAUUUUUUUAUAUGCUGUAUAAUAAUUUUGUGCCUUAGAUAGUAGGUAUUGAGCAUAUUGUCUGUAACCUUGAGCUUUACAAACUCUAAGUGCUCUACGUGCUCUAAGUGCCCCGUAUGUACCUAUGUAAUCUAUGCUGUGAAAACGUAUUGACAGAGACAGUGCAAAAACGAUUUCAUAAAAAUCAUUUAAAAAUCUAAAGUUUACAAAUCUUCCAUUGGUUUGUGUUAUAGCUGAGGUUUUCAGGCAUUUCUGGGCAAGAUUUCUGGGCACUCUGUUUAUGUGUUUUGCAAUGCCAUUGAAAAAGAUGAAGACAAGUAGGCGAAUGUCAGAAUAUAAUAGUGUAGCAAGCUGUCAAUGCUGCAGUGCAUUGUAGUUUGGAUAUGAAAGUCCACUUUCAUCUGUAUUUCAGGUUAGAACAUUGGCUUUUAGUUAACCAGCUAAGCCGUCAGGACUGAGAGUCGUCAGCUGUCGGCAAGCUUAAUGAGGCAGCGAGUAUUCUGUAGUUUACCUCUUCUGCUAAUGGGCCGGGAGUGCAGGAAGUGAAGUAAAUACGAAGUUUGUGACAGUAGUGAGAGCUGGUUGGAUAUGGUGAAAAGAGUGGAUCUGCUGAAGAGGAAAGAGGAGAAGGCUGCAUCUGCCAGCCAAUUAUGCCCAAGUUAUCCCUCCUUGCAAGCCACCUUCUCCCCCUAAUCCCAAACUGUCCCACCGGCCAAAUAACAUAAUUAGAUAGAGAACAUAAAAAUGAUCGUGGGUCGCUGAUAGAACGCAAGAUAAAGGAGCAAUUCAUUGCGUUGCAAUGGUUGACUGCAGCCCUGUUGUUUUUAGUGGAUUGUUUCCGUGAGGCCUGCAGCAUAUGGUGGUGGAAAAAGGGCCGUGAAAGGGGGCUAUAGAAGUGGGGGCUGGACGCAGCGGAGCUGCGAAAACAAAACGCUGUGAAUCGACCCUGGCUAAAUGGAGGGGUAAUGGCGAACACCACAUACUCAGGAGUUGUUUAUUUAAAAAGCCAAGCUGCAUUAAUCAACGUCUUCAUCACUGGCUCUGGCAGAGUGAAUAAUGUGCUGUUUUUUUCCACACCUUGCUUUUUUUAUAUUUGCUAAUACAAAAUGUAAUGUUAACAUUACUUCAAACCACAUUUUUCACACUUUGAGUGAUGUCUAUGCAGUGUCUACUGCUCUGCUGGUUCUUGGCUCGGAACCCACACUGUGCCCACUAUACUGUGUAACUACCAAUUUGGUGUGAACUUUCUGGUUUUUUAAAAAGAUGCGGCUUGAUUUGCUUGUUGCAGAGGCCUUCCUUUCAAUGAUAUCAUGACCAAGCAGUCACCUUGACGAGACGGUCACUGGUUGGGAUAUUUGCAUUCCCUCUUUUAUGCCUUGCUUAGAGACCUGGCGUUGUAAGCCCUGGUGUGUGAACUUAAGGUUUUUGAAUAGUAAACUGAGGAGAGUGUCAUGUAUCCAAGCUGUGUCUUUGGCAAACGGAAACAAGGACCUUUAAAGAUCUCUCCAUUUGUUUAGCUGAAGCCCCAGAGGCUUUCAAUCCCCGGCCCCCUUCUCCCGAGGCUAUCAGAUAUUUCCCUUCUACAAGGAGGGCAAUUCACAAAUGUAGGUGUUGUUACAACAUGGAUGAGACAACAGGCAUCGUGUCAAACAAUGGUUCAGCUUGCUGUAAAGACUGCAUUGCUCGGCUGAUUAAGGGGAUCAGAUAAAGGUUUAACAGGAGAGGAGCCCUUCUUUCUAACGUAACAGGACACUGUUUCUUUUUCUAAUGUGAUUGUGGAUACAAGCAGCUUGAUUUGUUAUGUGAUUGGACAUCAACUGGAAUGAGGUGUUUCUGUUGGUUUAUUUUAGUGAGGUACAAAAGUAGCCUGCUGAAAAUAAUUUUGACAUAUUCUUACUACGAUCUAGCAGACCUACAGCUAGCCAACUGCAGUCUUUUCCAUCUUCUCAUAGCCAUCAGAUAGGCAUCAGCCUGGAGGACAGGAAGGCUAAGGAUACUCUGCUUUGUAAAACACAACAGCGGAGUGUUGAACAGGCCUAUUCCCGUCUCCUGGUCUGAACCCUGCAGGCUGCACUUUGUCUCUGUCAGGGGGGGGAGAUGGUGAACAAGGAGCUCGGCGGACCUCCCUCCCCUCCUCUCCCCACUGAAGAGUUAUGGGCCACGGAGCAGAGCCCAGAGCCGGUCCCCCGGCCAUGCCGCUCGCCACAAUCAGCACCUAUUAUGGUCAACGGGCCCAGGGGCCUGUCAGGUCCCGCUGCCUUUUUGAUUCACCACUCGCCUCAGAUUCCGCCCGCAGUCCCCGGCCUUUUCUUCACUGUGUCCUUAACUUCCAGAUAGCAGAUAAAAUAUCCAUAAACAGCACUUGAAAGAGAAUGUAAAUGUUUAUAGGCUUCCUGCAAGACUUAUCUGAUAUUGUUCUUAUUUAUACGUCAGGGCUUGUACAUUUCGAGGCGGACGGGACCGACCCGAAUCGGAGCCAAAUGGAUUUAAGUGCUGCCUCGGCGCAGCUUUUGCCAGUGGGGGAGGUUUUUAAGUGGACAGUUGGACGGUGGAGGAGCUAGCCGGUGACACCAGGAUGGAAAGAAUGCACAGACAAUACAACACUGAUUCCUUUCAGCUCCCCGUCACUGCUGCCAAAUGAUCGGCGAGAUUUCACCUUGCGAAGCCCACUAACUGCAGCUUAGAGAGUGUGGGCGAACUUUCCCUGGUCACACAACCAGAAAAGUAAUUUUCUGGCCUUUUUCAUUUCAGUCAAGUUAUUAUAUACAUUGGUCACAUCAGUCUAAAACGUAAGCUACUUCAGCUUGAGCUCUUGGGGCCAAAUUUGCUUUCUGUGGUCUGUUCUGGUUCUGAACAGCGCUCAAAUCCACACCAAUUUCCCAGAGAGUUGAGCCAUGCAGUAAAUCAGCGCCGCGGGCCCAGGAAUGCUCCUGCUAACUGCAGCAUGCAGAUUGCCUGGGUGGGAGGCAGUCCUGUAGGCGGAAGGAUCAUGCUAUAAUGUUGCCAUUAGUCUCGUAUUGAUGAGUUGGUACAUGUCCUGAGCCUGGAGAGCUCCACUCACACUAAGAGGCAUGGUACAGACCCAAAUGGGUUUACAAGAACACACACACACACAUACGCACACACACAAACACGUUUCUCAUUACUUCCGGAAUAAUUUAAUUUUAACCAGGGCUUCCUCUCAUGCAUAGUGGAUGGCGUGUAUUUACUUAUAAACAGUAAUUAUACUGUCUGAGAUAUGAAUCAUUAUUAUAAGAUAAAUAUAACAAAAAAAAAAUAGAAAACUAAAUGAAAUAUGCAAGACGGUAGUUGCAUAAUAUUGCAUAUCAGUCGACUUAGGUCAGAUUAGUUUUAAAGAGUGUGUAUAUGUGCGUACGUGCAUGUGUGCGUGAGUGUGUGUGUGUAGCUGCAGUGGGGAAUGAGAAAUCUGCUUUUGGAAGAAAGCCUCUGUGUCUCUGUCCAUCUGCUAGGCAGAUAUGGUGGUGAUGUUAGCUGUGACCCAGAGUGUGUUUUCUUUUCCUCAUUAACCAUGAAUUUCUGAAGGCAUAAUUGAGAUUCUUUAUUUAUUUGAUUGUUAGAAGGAAAGUGAUUUUUUUCCCUCUGUCUCAGUAUUCAAGUAGAAAAUUUCAGCAUCACACACUGAGCCCGUGCAAUUAAGAAUGUUGAAGUAAGGGUAUGGAAAAAGAGAGCUUCUGAAAAAAAAACAGCAUGUGAUUGAACUGUCGAGCUUAACCGAGAUGGGCGUAUGACUCAGGUCGUUCCCAUGAUAAGCAAGACACUCAUGCGCGCUUUGUUGUUACAGCUAUUAUAGAUGGUAUAGCUCAGGGUGUGGUCGUUUAUCAAACAUGCUAGGAUGACUAAUCAGUCCUAGGGCUACAUGGCAUAUGAAAGGAGAAUCUUUGUACAAAGCAAAUACUGGAAUCUUGUAAAACCAGUGGGAAGCCCUUUUUACGCUGUGAAAACGCUGAACAGUUCCCUCGAAAUGAUCGACUUUAAUUCUUGACUUUAAUGGUGCAUUUGCUAUUUUUGAUGAAAAGGUGUUUGAGGUACAGUGGUAUGCAUGUGGUGUGAGGGUGUUAGAGAGGUGCAGAGGGAAAAAAAAAAGCAAGAUCUUACACACAGGAGAAGAGAUACAGUGGAUGGACUGGAUGUUUAUCACGCCCGUAUCCGAUAACAAGGCAAGUGUCUUCUCUUUAGAGUAUUUCUCUCAGCUUAUCUGUGUCGAAAAUCUGCCAGUGGAUAUUUACAGAGUGUUUGCUAAAAGCCAAGGUGUUUUAGGUAAGUCGAGUAAAUGUGACAUGAAUCUGCAUAAGUCUUGAGAGGAAAUUCAAAAAAUCAACUUCAUUUAUUUUGUAAAGUUAUUUCAUAAAACCAGCAACUUUAAGAAGCUGAGAUACAGGUGUAACACUCAGCUCUGAGAUACUAUGCAAAUAUUUUGCCUAAGGUGCCGGUUGGGCAGUUGCAGGCCUAAUUUUCUGACUACCACAUUGCUACAUCUAAGAUUUAAUCACACCGGAGAAAGCUUGAGAACACAGAGGCAAAAGAGAGCAAAUUAGCUCCCACUGACACCAACCCUUAUCUCUACUCACUCACACACGCAUACACACACACACAUAGACACACGCUGUCCAUUCAGCUGUGUCUCUUGUGAAUUCUGCUGCUCUGUGUUAAAUGGUGAAGAAGGCUGCUUUAAAAACAGAUUACUUCUACUUCUGCUGGGGCUAAACAAGCUUGCAUGUCCACGUUUUUCCUCACCGUGAGCUAUCAGAUUUCUUGUGCAUGAACUAUGGCUGCUAGAAUGAAUGACACUAUUUGAAUACUAUUUGAAUUCUCCUAACAAGACAGAAUAUCCUGAAUGCUUAAGAUUCUCUCGAAAUGUGUUUUGUAGCAUAUUGUAGCAGUCGCUUGAUAUACGAAAAUGGGACUGAAGAAAUGUGUCAUAUCGACAUAUGGAAUACUUUUUGCAUUUUUAAAAUGAUGUAUGACUGUCUAAUAAUUAGAAAAAAAUCUGACGUGUACGUAGUUAAUUUACAACAGGGAUUAUUAGAUUUAUGCUCCUUCUGUGGCUAAAUAUUGAAAUAGUGUUGUAUUGGGAAUGUAGUGCAGGUUCAAGAACGCCAUUAUGUUGUACCCUAUGUAGUAAGCAUAUGUAGUGAAUAGAAGAGAAUGUUGCACGGAUCCAAGGUUACCUAGUAAAUGUAAAAUUUAGCUAAAUAAUAAAGACAGUAGAGACAUUAGUGUGAGUAAAUUAAAUAAGGAUGUACCAAUACACAGUAUCGAGGCCGAUAUUGGCCUCGCUUAUUUUCUGAGCUGAUCAACCGACAUAUUUACGCCGUGAACGCUUUAUUUAACAUGACAUGACAUCGAUCUUGGACAUGAACACAGGAUGCAACUUGUCUUAAAUCACUCAGCUAUUACGCCCCUGAUGUUUUGCAUUUCUUGGCAACAGAAGCUUACAGAGAUUCGGCUAAGCUACAAAGAGGAUGUCAGUAUCAGAUCAGGAUCAGAGCUUUGAUACCGAUAUGGUGCGGAAAAAGAAUCCCCCUUUGAGAAGCUUCGGCGGCGAGGAAGACGAAGGCGAGGCGGCGACGGUAGCGGAGGCUGCGGGUCCGGAGAGUGGCGAGGCAGCAGGCAGCGAGGCCUCAGUACCAGAGGAGCGGUCAGAGCCUGGCUCCCCCAGCUCUGUCAAACCAGGCAGUCCUGGCUUUCAUUAUCAGCAAGCAGAAAACACCGAUGCCUCCCCGACACGAUCAGACCGCGGCCAAAGUCCUGAUGGAGAGGGUGAAGCCAUUAAGGGUGGAGUGGAGACUCAGAGACAUUCGUCAUUGCGCAGGGGGCCAGAGGCCUGCGUCAUUGUACAGAGCUGUGCCAGUAAUGGUGAGGAAAGGGAGCCUACCCACAGUCCUCUAGUGCCGCCUGGUUCCGAAAGCCUUCACAUAGAGGGGGAGGAUGGAUCUGAGCUCCCUCGGCUCCCUCUCCAUCCGCUUCAGCCACACAGGCCUAGUGACGAGGCCUCCAGCCCUCCGAGAGCCGAGAGCGGAGCUCCCCCACCUUCCUCUUCCUCCUCGUCCUCCUCCUCCUCUCCCAAGCUACAGGACUUUAAGUGCAACAUCUGCGGGUACGGUUACUAUGGCAACGACCCGGCCGACCUCAUCAAGCACUUCCGCAAGUACCACCUGGGCUUGCACAACCGCACACGGCACGACGCUGAGCUCGACAGCAGGAUCCUCGCUCUGCACAACAUGCCACAGUUUCAAAGUCAAAGCCUAGGCAAAGACGGCAGCAGGAACCCAGGCGUCACCGCUGACCCGGGCUCCCCCAGAGCCUCGCUACUCAAUGGCACCUAUGACGUUCAGGUGACGUUAGCGGGCACCUUCAUAGGCAUUGGCAGGAAGACACCAGACUGUCAGGGUAACACCAAGUAUUUCCGCUGUAAGUUCUGCAACUUCACCUACAUGGGUAGUUCAUCAGUGGAGCUCGAGCAGCACUUCCUGGCUGCCCACCCAAACAAGAUGAAGAACCCUCCACUGGGUAUCACUAGCCCUGAAGACAAAGCUGUGGAGGCCAAGGGGAACUGUGCACCGUGGACAGCAGUCGAGGAGCCAGGCACGUGGGCGGAGCGGGUGGCAGUCCGUGCAGAGGACGACUCAGUGGCCGGGUACUCUGUGCCGAUUCGACCCGCAGGUGCUGACGUGCCAGCGGCAUAUUAUUGGUGCAAGUACUGCAGCUUCAGCUGCGAGGCGUCCAGCUCCUCUAGACUGCUAGAGCACUAUGAGAAGCGGCACUGCCAGGCUGCAGGGCUAGACAGCAGUCCGGGAGAGAGGGAGCGAAAAGCCAGAGACGGAGAUCUAACUGCAAAGAGGAAGGAAAACCAGAGUGCCAAGGCGGGCACAGGUGCUGACUCAGAGACAGUGGUGACCAGCUAUAACUGUCAGUUCUGCGAUUUCCGCUACUCCAUGAACCACGGGCCUGAAGUGAUCGUGGUGGCUCCACUGCUACGCCACUACCAGAGGGCGCACAGCAUCAAUAAGUGCGCGAUCAAACAUUGCCCGCUGUGCCCGCGUGGCCUCUGCAGCCCCGACAAGCACCUGGGUGACGUCUCGUACCCGUUUGCAUGUCGCAGGAGCUCGUGCCCGCACUGUGCCAUGCUCCUGCUGCAGCUAACACCCAUUGGUGGUGCCACACCACCACCCAGGGCCUCUGUCACCCACCUGUGCGAUCAGUGCACCUUCUCCUCCACCGAUGUGGACCUGCUGCUGCUGCACUACGACAGUGCCCAUGCUCCCCGUGCCCUGCUGGAGGCCAAGCCCGAAGAUGAAGCGACAAGUGAGGGAGGCGGCCGGGGCCAGCACGGAGAGUACGCCUGCACCAAGUGCAACUUCUACACUGAGGUGGAGGAGGAGAUUUUCCGUCACUACAGGAGGGUUCAUGGCUGCUGUCGAUGCCGCCACUGCAGCUUCACGGCAGCCGACACCACAUCCCUGCUUGACCACUUCAACACGGUCCAUUGCCAGGACUCCGGUGAGCCAGGCUCCGCCCCUGCCAACGGCUGCUCUGCCCCCUCCACUCUCCGCAUUAAAGAGGAGAGUAAAAGCGACCUGAAGCUCUACAGCCUGGUGCCCCCUGAGGCCAGACCGGCCGAGGCUGUCAAGACUGAAGCCCCCGAUGAGAAAGAGAAGUCCUGGCCUGAGGCCCGAGGAGGAACAGAGCAGCAAAUCCAGGGCAUGCUCUGGGUGCCCAAGGAGCGAGUGGGAGAGGUGCUGCGGGGAAGCCCUGCACCAUUCCCUCACGUUACACUAGGGUUGCUAGGCUCCACCUCAGUCCCACAGGAGCAGCAACAGAAAGGUGCGGCUGUACUCAGAGACUCGCCCGGCCUGGUGUUCAGCCUCAGUGCAGAUGCUAAGGGCUACCUGCAGGGGACGCCAGCAGGCACAGCAGCCGAGAAGCCAGGGCAGCAGUACCCCAGCUCAACAGAGAGCAAGAGUGCCAAGGAAGAGUCACAAUCACUGCUGCGGAGACGGCGGGGAUCAGGGGUCUUCUGUGCCAACUGCCUGACCACCAAGACCUCACUGUGGAGGAAAAAUGCCAACGGGGGCUAUGUGUGCAAUGCGUGUGGCCUCUAUCAGAAGCUCCACUCGACUCCCAGGCCAUUGAACAUUAUCAAGCAGAACAAUGGCGAGCAGAUCAUCCGUCGGCGUACACGGAAACGCCUGAACCCUGACAGUGUGACAUCAGAGCAGGCAAGCUCCAAGCAGCAGCGUGUCAGCACUGAGGAUCGGCUCAAUGGCAGCCCAUUGGAGCGCAGAUCUGAUGAGCCAGGAGCUGAGACCCACGCCCAGCCAGGCAAGGGUCAGCCAAGCCCACGCUCCACCCAUGCAUUCCUGCUUAGCCAGACGCUGGAGAUCCACAAGCGCAUGCCACCCCUACAUGCUCAUAAGAGCCCUGGCGACAGCACAGCACCAGAGGGCAACGGGCCAGGUAUGGGCACACAGGUUGCCUCUGAAAGGGGUAGUCCCAUAGAGAAAUACCUACGUCCAUCCAAGCAGGCCAGCUACUCACCUCCAGGCAGCCCCAUUGAGAAGUACCAGUACCCUGUCUUCAGCCUACCGAUUGUCCACAGCGAGCUCCAGAACGAGGCCGACUGGCUUCGCUUUUGGACCAAAUACAAGAUGGCCGUGCCAGGAAACCCAGGUCAUUACCUCGGCCUACCUAACCCGUGCCAAAGCUUUGUGCCUUACCCCACCUUCAGCCUGCCCCCUCACUUCCCACCACCUCCGCCUUCUGGACCUGACAGCGACACCCCUCUUGACCUGGCAAUCAAGCAUCAUUCCAAACCCAGUUCCCUGCCCAACGGUGCCACCAUGCCCAAGGAGAAGGUCCUGCUGGAAAAACGGGCGUCUCCCCUGGCAAACAGAGACAAUGAGGCCAAAGAGGACGAUGGUGCUGUCCCACAGCCCAUCAAACCGGAAAGGAUUGAUCAGGGCACCCAGGAUGAGCUGUGCAGUAAGUGUGCCCAUUGUGGCAUCGUGUUUCUAGACGAAGUUAUGUACGCCCUGCAUAUGAGCUGCCAUGGCGAAGGCGGACCCUUCCAGUGCAGCAUCUGCCUACAUGCCUGCGCUGAUAAGUAUGACUUCACCACCCACAUCCAACGAGGGCUCCACCGCCCUGCCCCUGACCCAAACGCUAUGGUCGCGGAUGAAUGAAGCACAGUUAGAGCAUUAUGGAAGGAAGCUAAUAAGAGACUCAGCAGGAGAAAAACAUUGUACGCAUGAAUGCGUAAGAUUUUUUUUUUUCAUUGAUCAAAAUGUGCCAAGAUGCCUCCUGGCACCUCAGCAACCAAUUUAAGGGCCAUUGAUAGACAGCAUUUCUAUUCAGACUCAUGGUGACAGACUCUUGGCUGUUUUUAAAGAAAUGCCUUUAAGGAAAAUGGUACAAGUAGAUUAUAAAUUUAGAUUUUUUUUGUAUUUCUUUUAACCCAGACUUUUCAUUUUGACAAAGCAGUUCAGUAAGCUGGGUAUAUCUACUCAAACUGAAUUCUGUUUAUUGUAUCAGGGCUGUUCCCAGCCUUCUGGAAAGUUCUCUCACCUGGUUUUGAACAAAGCGGGGAUGUGGGACUCUGUGUGGCAAACAGUGUGCAAACAUGCCAGUUCUUUGUCGCUAUGGCAACACCAUAAGUGAGUUUCAUCCUCAAAACAAACAUCCUCAGGGAAUGUAUAUGGCUGAAAUAGAUGACAUAUUAGUUUAGGCCUUUCUGUCUCUGGUUAACAUUAUACUAAAUAUCUUACAGUUUAAUGUUGCUUUUCAUAUUGUAUAUUUUCCCCUCUGAGAAGUAGAGUUGGAUUACUGUUGUUACAUAAUUCCAUCGACACAUGUUAGCUGCUGCCAUGGUUGCUGAGAUGGUAACCUGUCACUCUAGAAAUUUGGGAAGGAAUUUAAAAAAAAGAUAUUUUUUCUAAGUUGAUAAUAGGAAUAAUCAUAUUACCAGUGCCUGAUAAAGUAUUUUCUACCUGAUAUGUUGAUAUGCAACAUUGAACUUGCAUCUGAAUAAGGGCCUUGAGCUUGGCUCUGAAAAAGUUUACAAUUGCAAAUGUAGCAAACAAGGUAAUGAAGCAAACACCUGCUAAUUUUUUUUCUUUCACAUAAAAUGGAAAGAUACGAUCAUCCAUACUUUUUCAUAUUUUAACUUUUUAAAGGUGGACAUUAAGCAAAAGUUUAUGUUUAGCCACCAAAGGCACUAUCCAUUCCAAGCAUAGUCCUUUAUGACUUUGUUCAUCCAUCUUAUUUGUGUUCUUAUGCUUUAUAGUUAAAUAGCUUGUUGUAAUGGACUUGCAUUUCCUUGUAUUUGUCUGUCGGCAUUGAACAAGGGAAGCUGAUAAAACUCAAGGCUUUAUGUGCUAAUUUUGGUGUCCUAGAGCUUUGGAGGACAAGCACCUCACCCCUUAACCCCACCACAACCUCUCUGGUCUUUCAACCAGCAUGGAUUUGAUUGAAUUCCAUUUCUCUGUGGAAUUCUUUGGAGAGUCAGCAUUGUCUUGUGAUUGUUCAUAGGAAACAGACAUGAAAACUGUUGUUAAUAUUUAGUAACUGCAGGUGUUUUCGGUGCCUUCUGAUAAAACUUUUCUUAGAGAGGUAUAACAGUGAUCUGCUGUUGUAAGCUACAUGUUGGAUGACACUCCCUUCACAACUCUGCAUUGCUCCUCCCAUCAUAUGGAACAAAUAACUGAGAACUGUGACUUAUAAAACAGUUUGCCCUAAAAUGUCUUAAUUAUGCAUUUGGAAAUAAUCUCUAGUACCAAACCAUGAUCACAUUAUAAGCUCAACAACUUAAGUUAACAGAUGAGCACGCAUUUCACUUUUCCACGUAUUUUUGAGUUACUUCUUACACUCCGUGUCUAGCAUAACACAGUCCACAUCAGCUCAUGUUUUUGUGUGCUAGCAAAAUGUGUGCACGCUCUAUUUUGUUUCACUGUAUGUUUCUCAUACCCACAGUCCCUUUUAUCAGCCAUGGACUCAGCAAGCUGGGUCUUGUCUGGCUACACACGGACAUUAUUUAUAUGAAAUAGGGAUGUGAAAGAGAGAGAGAGAGAUGCUCUGGAUGUCUCGAAGACGUCUCUGCAUUUCACAGAUCCUCACGUAUAGCCUUACAAUGCUGCUUAACUGCAAAAGCCUCUUGGAAAUAAUUAUAAAGUGUCGCUUUUUAUUGGAGCAUUUAUACAGUUGGGUAUUACAAAGAUCUUUGUUUUCUGCAAACCUUUCAAUUUGUAAUUAUGUUAAUGCUUGCACUUCAGUUAUUCGUUGUUGUUUUUUUUGUUUUUUUUGGCUAAGGAAGAAAUGUGUUUUAUUAGCAUGCUAUUACUAUGAACAGGUACUGCAUUGUAAUAAGCAAACAAGAUUGUGCCUUUUUUUGUUUGUUUUUUGAAGGCCUUGUAUAAGGCUUUACCAACAUUGAAACACAAAGGAGUAUUUGUUUAUGCCUGGAAGCCAGUUUGGCCCUCGUCAAGGCAGAAGGCAAGACUAUGUAAAUGUUUUAACUAUUAUUUUUAGAACAUUAUUGUUUUUACACCUUUGCUGCAUUUAAAGUGCAUAGAUGAUGGUUUAGAAUUUCUUUAUUUUGAUUUUCUUCAACUGCCACCUUAACAUUUUUUGUGUUGUAGGUUUUACAAGCAAAAAGAUUCAAAAAAGAUGGCAAAGAUGUCUGUUACAUCUAAACUUGAAUAAUGAUGCUGAUAAUAAUAAUAAUGAUAAUAAUAAUAAUUAAUAAAGUAAUAACGAAACA